UAAUUUCGUUGUUACAGCUACUGCUCUCCCUUAUUUUCUUUUCCUCCAUUCGGUCAAACAACAUGAGCAGAGAAAAGGGAUGGCAGUAAAGCAACCAGUAGGAUGGCAGCUGCUGUGAUAAUAACAGGAAGAGGAAGAAGACUUCCUGCUGGUCACACGGUCUUCAAUUCACUGGAGCUCCAUCUACUAUUAAAGGGAAACAUCUCUGUCACUUGAUGUGGAUGUAAAGUCACCACCAGGUUUACAUUUUACAAUGAGUGAGCCUGAGGAGAAGGAGGAGGGAGUCACAUCCUCUAACACCAGUCUGUCUGAAGAACAUGACAGCAAGACCGAACCAGAGAGGGAGGAGCAGCAGAGACCAGACUCUCCUGCACCAAGCGGUGUGUCCAUGAAGAGCAGCUGGUCUAUGGAGCCUGUUGCUGUUUUUAAAGAACAUGGUCCUGAUACAGAGAUGGAGCAGCAGAGACCAGACUCUCCUGCACCAAGCUGUGUUUCCAUGAAGAGCAGCUGGUCUAUGGAGCCUGUUGCUGUUUUUAAAGAACAUGGUCCUGAUACAAAGAUGGAGCAGCAGAGACCAGACUCUCCUGCACCAAGCGGUGUGUCCAUGAAGAGCAGCUGGUCUAUGGAGCCUGUUGCUGUUUUUAAAGAACAUGGUCCUGAUACAAAAGGUCCUCUGGAGACAUCAGAGGUCUCCACUGGUCAUCAAACACACCUGGACUCCAUAUUUAUGCUUCUGGAGCGGAACAUCAUCACUUUUGUAAAGGACGAGCUAAAGAGGUGCCAGAAAGUUCUGAGUCCAGAUUACCCAGAAUGCUUAGAGAGGAAAAAGGAGGAUGAAGACGUGGUGCACAGUGAGGAGGAAGAGCAGAGGAGGAGCAGCAGAGAGGCAUUUCUGAAGAUCACACUGCAGUUCCUGAGGAGAUUGAAGCAGGAGAAGAUGGCUGACUGUCUGCAAAGCAGAACUCAUGCUGCAGUGUGCCAACAUAAACUCAAAUCUAAUCUGAAGGAGAAGUUUCAGUGUGUGUUUGAGGGGAUUGCCAAAGCAGGAAACCCAACCCUUCUGAAUCAGAUCUACACAGAGCUCUACAUCACAGAGGGAGGGACUGCAGAAGUCAAUGAUGAACAUGAGGUCAGACAGAUUGAAACAGCAUUAAGGAAAGCAGACAGACCAGAAACAACAAUCAGGCAAGAAGACAUCUUUAAAGCCUCACCAGGAAGAGAUAAACCAAUCAGAACAGUGAUAACAAAAGGAGUGGCUGGCAUUGGAAAAACAGUCUUAACACAGAAGUUCACUCUGGACUGGGCUGAAGACAAAGCCAAUCAGGACAUACUGUUCACAUUUCCAUUCACAUUCAGAGAGCUGAAUGUGCUGAAAGAGAAAAAGUACAGCUUGGUAGAACUUGUUCAUCACUUUUUUACCGAAACUAAAGAAGCAGGAAUCUGCAGGUUUGAAGAGUUCCAGGUUGUGUUCAUCCUUGAUGGUCUAGAUGAGUGUCGACUUCCUCUGGACUUCCACAACAAUGAGAUCCUGACUGAUGUUAGAGAGUCCACUUCAGUGGAUGUGCUGCUGACAAACCUCAUCAGGGGGAAACUGCUUCCCUCUGCUCGCCUCUGGAUAACCACACGACCUGCAGCAGCCAAUCAGAUCCCUCCUGAGUGUGUUGGCUUGGUGACAGAAGUCAGAGGUUUCACUGACCCACAGAAGGAGCAGUAUUUCAGGAAGAGAUUCAGAGAUGGGGAGCAGGCCAGCAGCAUCGUCUCCCACAUAAAGACAUCACGAAGCCUCCACAUCAUGUGCUACAUCCCAGUCUUCUGCUGGAUCACUGCUACGGUUCUGGAGGAAGUGUUGAAAAGCAGAGAGGGAGGACAGCUGCCCAAAACCCUGACUGAGAUGUACAUCCACUUCCUGGUGGUUCAGUCCAAACUGAAGAACAUCAAGUAUGAUGGAGGAGCUGAGACAGAUCCACACUGGACUCCAGAGACCAGAAAGAUGAUUGAGUCUCUGGGAAAACUAGCUUUUGAACAGCUGCAGAAAGGCAAUCUGAUCUUCUAUGAAUCAGACCUGACAGAGUGUGGCAUCAAUAUCAGAGCAGCCUCAGUGUACUCAGGAGUUUUCACACAAAUCUUUCAAGAGGAGAUAGGGCUGUACCAGGACAAGGUGUUCUGCUUCAUCCAUCUGAGUAUUCAGGAGUUCCUGGCUGCUCUUCAUGUCCAUCUGACAUUCAUGAAGUCUGGUGUCAAUCUACUGGCAGAAGAACAAUCAACCUCCCUGUGGUCUAAACUGUUUGGAAACAAACCUGGACUAUCAGGUUUCUACCAAUGUGCUGUGGACGAGACCCUGAAGACUCCAAAUGGACACCUGGACUUGUUCCUGCGCUUCCUCCUGGGUCUUUCACUGCAGACCAAUCAGACUCUCCUACGAGGCCUGCUGACACAGACAAGAAGCAGCCCACAGACCAAUCAGGACACAAUCCAGUACAUCAAGAAGAAGAUCAAUGAGAAUCCCUGUCCCGAGAAAAGCAUCAGUCUCUUCCACAGUCUGAAUGAGCUGAAGGAUCACUCUCUAGUGGAGGAGAUCCAACAGCACCUGAGUUCAGGAAGUCUCCCCACAGAUGAACUGUCUCCUGCUCAGUGGUCAGCUUUGGUCUUCAUCUUACUGUCAUCAGAAGACGAUCUGGACGUGUUUGACCUGAAGAAAUACUCUGCUUCAGAGGAGGUUCUUCUGAGGCUGCUGCCAGUGGUCAAAGCCUCCAGUAAAGCUCUGCUGAGUUGCUGUAACCUCUCAGAGAGAAGUUGUGAAGCUCUGGCGUCAGUUCUCAGCUCCCAGUCCUCUAGUCUGAGAGAGCUGGAUAUCAGUAACAAUGACCUGCAGGAUUCAGGAGUGAAGCUGCUCUGCAGUGGACUGGAGAGUCCGCACUGUACACUGGAAACUCUCAGGCUGUCUGGCUGCCUGAUCACAAAGAAAGGCUGUGCAUCCCUGGCCUCAGCUCUGAGCUCCAACUCCUCCCAUCUGAGGGAGCUGGAUCUGAGUUACAAUCAUAUAGGAGACUCAGGAGAGAAGAUGUUGUCUCCUGGACUGGAGGAUCCAAACUGGAGACUGGAUACUCUCAGGUUGGACCAUCGUGGAUCACAGUCAAUGAAGCCUGGUCUGAGGAAGUAUGCCCAUGAACUCACCCUGGACCCAAACACAGCACACAGAAAACUCCUACUGUCUGACCACAACAGAAAGGUGACCAUAGGGAGAGAGAAGCAGUCAUAUCCUGAUGAUCCAGAGAGAUUUGACUACUGGAAACAGAUUCUGUGUACAGAUGGUCUGACUGGUCGCUGUUACUGGGAGGUUGAGUGGGAAGGACAUGUUUAUAUAGCAGUGACUUACAGAGGAAUCAAGAGGAGAGGAGAAGGUGAUGACUGCUGUCUUGGAAAGAACAGUCAGUCAUGGAGUCUGGGCUGCACUGAUGAAGGUUACUCCAGCCUGCACAGUAUCAGAACAUUCCUCCGUAUCCCCCCCUCCAAAAGAGUAGGAGUGUACCUGGACUGGCCUGCUGGCACUCUGUCCUUCUACAGUGUCUCCUCUGACAAGCUUAUCCACCUUCACACCUUCCAAACCACAUUUACUGAGCCGGUCUACCCUGCUUUCAGAGUUAAGACUGAACCGUUUAACUCGUCAUUGUCUUUGUGUGAGACAUAGUAACACACUGACUUUUUUGUUGAAGCCCAUAAUUUAAAAAAAUGUGGGCUUUUUUAUUAUUGUUGCAAAGUGAACUCACUCCAGGCCUGCUGUUUCCUGUCCAGAUCAUGCUAAAUACAGUUUAUUGGAGAUUCCAGCAGCAGCCGAAAGAAAAUCGGGGAUGCAGCCUUUGUCAGUUAUGCCCCAAAACUAUAGAAAAAACUAGCGAUAGAUAUCAGGGAAGCCAGCUUGCUAGAUACUUUUAAAAGAAAGCUAAAAACUUAUCUCUUUACUUCAGCAUCAGUAUUUAAGCUAGCUAACCAAGCUGGCUGACUUAGCCAACAGUGUCUUCAAUUCUCGGUGUCAAGCUUCAUCUCCUUCAACUCAUCUAUAAUCUAUGGCUCCACUCACCUCCCCAUCUGGCUGUGUCAGCUAAACCAGUCUUUCUGCAAAGUUUUCACAGUUGGAAGGUAGAAUCUCCACGCUUCACCAGAUCCAUGAAGCUGAGAACAGGAAGGCUGGAAGGCUCUCACCUGUUAUUAACCAACAUUGAACUGACCUUCCACAAUCUGUUAGAUCUGCCAAAUCCUUGGACUGUUUUAAACAAUGCCUCAAAACCCAUUUAUAUGGGCAAGCCUUUCUAUAGACCUCCCUUCUUGUUCCCAUGUCCUGUUUUAUUUAAUUUUGAUUGAUUUCUAACUGUUGUGUUUGUCUAUUUUAUUAAUCUAUCUGUUUCAA